AAGUUUGGUUAGCUUUCUUUCAACUUUUCUCUUCUCUUCCUUUUCUUUCUUCCAUAUCUUCUUUACAAUUCUCUCUUCUUCCUUUCGCUUCGAAAGCAUCGAUCUAGUUAAGUUGAAGAAAGAUCAAGAAAAGAAAGUGAUGAAGGUAGCAGUGGUCGGAGGAGGAAUCAACGGUCUGAUUUCGGCUUAUGUUUUGAGAAAUGCUGGAGUAGAAGUAGUGUUGUUUGAGAAGGAAGAGUACUUAGGCAACCAUUCUAAAAUGAUCAAAUUUAAUGACAUUGAUUUGGACCUUGGCUUCAAUCUCAGUAAUCCAUUUGUAACAUCUCCAAAUAUGAUGGAACUUUUUGAAAAUUUGGGAGUCGAAAUGGAAACAUCAAAUAUGUCUUUCUCAGUGAGUUUAGACAAAGGACGAGGCUAUGAAUGGGGCACCCGAAAUGAUCUUUCAAGUCUAUUUGCACAAAUGAAUAACAUCUUCAAUCCAUAUUUUUGGAAAAUGAUUCGAGAAGUUAUCAAAUUUAAGGACGAUGUUAUCAAUUAUCUUGAUGUUAUGGACAAUAAAAAGUCAGAAAUUGAUCCAAAUGAAACAUUGGGACAAUUUCUCAAAUCAAGGGGGUACUCCAAAACAUUUGAGCAAGCUUAUGUUGCUCCAAUUUUAUGUUCAAUUUGGUCAUGUUCCUCAGCCAAAGUUCUCAACUUUUCAGCCUUCUUAGUUCUUUCAUUUCUUCAAAAUCAUUACUUACUUCAGCUAUUUGGAGAACCACAAUGGAUUACUAUCAAACAACAUUCACAAUCUUAUGUAAAGAAGAUCCAAGAAGUCCUUAAGAGUAGAGGUUGUGAAAUAAGAAUUGGUUCUAAAGUUGAUUCCAUCUCAACAAGCAAUGAAGGGUGCAUUGUAAGUUAUGGCCAUGGUUAUUCUCAAGAAAUAUAUGAUGCAUGUAUAAUAGCAACUCAUGCUCCUGAGACUUUAAGAAUAUUGGGGAAACAAGCAACACCAGAUGAAUUGAAAGUUCUUGCUGCCUUUCAAUAUGUUUAUAGUGAUAUUUAUCUUCAUGGCGACAAAGAUUUCAUGCCUCAAAAUCCAAAAAUAUGGAGUGCAUGGAAUUUCCUUGGAAAUACAAACAAUAAAGUUUAUUUAACUUAUUGGCUCAAUGUACUUCUGAAUCUUGGGGAGACAAGUCUUCCAUUUCUUGCAACUCUUAAUCCAGAAGAACAGCCAAAAGAUAUAUUGUUUAAAUGGUCAACUGGCCAUUCAAUUCCAACAGUUGAUGCUUUCAAAGCUUUAAAUGAGCUUCAUACCAUCCAAGGGAAGAGAAAACUUUGGUUUUGUGGAGCAUAUCAAGGUUAUGGCUCCCUUGAGGAUGGGGUUAAGGCAUGUAUCAAUGCAACCCACAAUGUUUUGGGAAAAAGUUUCAGUGUUUUGAACAAUCCAAAAUGUAUGGUACCUUCUCUAACAGAAAGAGGAGCACGACUUUUCGUCACAAAAUUUCUUUGCCGAUACAUAUCUAUUGGAUCAUUAACUAUAAUGGAAGAAGGGGGAAAAAUAUUUACCUUCAAGGGAAUAAUAAGUGACAACUUGCCCCAAAAGGUUGUCUUAAGAGUUCACACCCCUCAAUUUUAUUGGAAGAUAAUGACACAAGCUGACUUAGGUCUUGCAGAUGCAUAUAUUAAUGGAGACUUUUCAUUUAUGGAUAAAAAUGAAGGUCUUCUUAAUCUUAUUUUGGUUCUCAUAGCUAAUAAAGAUACAAAUGCUUCUAUUGCAAAACUUAAAAAAAGAAGGGGAUGGUGGUCUCCUCCACUAUUUACAGCUAGUAUUGCAUCAGCAAAGUAUUUUUAUCAACAUGCUUCAAGGAAAAACAGCAUUGCACAAGCUCGCACAAAUAUUUCUCGUCAUUAUGAUCUGAGCAAUGAACUUUUCUCUCUCUUCUUGGAUGAUACAAUGACCUACUCAUGUGCCAUCUUUAAGAGGGAAGAUGAAGAUUUGAGGAUUGCUCAAUUGAGGAAAAUCUCCAUUCUUAUUAAAAAGGCAAGAAUCAAUAAAAACCACAAAGUUUUGGAUAUUGGGUGUGGUUGGGGAACUCUAGCUAUUGAAAUAGUGAAGCAAACUGGAUGUCAUUGUACUGGCAUUACUUUGUCCAAAGAACAAUUCAAAUAUGCCCAAAAUAGGGUUAAAGAUCUUGGCCUUCAGGAUCACAUCGAGGUUCUUCUUUGUGACUAUCGACAAUUGUCGAAUACCAAUAAAUAUGAUAGAAUUAUAUCAUGUGGGAUGAUAGAAGCUGUUGGCCAUGAAUUCAUGGAAGACUUUUUUAGUUCAUGUGAAUCAGUGUUAGCAGAAAAUGGUCUUCUUGUUCUACAGUUCAUAUCAACGCCAGAUGAAUCUUAUGAAGAGUAUAGGCUAAAAGCUGGUUUCAUCAAAGAAUAUAUAUUUCAAGGAGGAUGUCUACCCUCAUUAAGUAGAAUAACAACAGCCAUGGCUAAUGCAUCUAGACUUAGUGUGGAGCACUUGGAAAAUAUUGGAAUUCAUUACUAUCAAACAUUGAGAUUUUGGAGAAAGAAUUUCUUGAAUAAUAAAAGCAAGAUACUUGAACUUGGUUUUGAUGAACGUUUUCUACGAACAUGGGAAUACUAUUUUGAUUAUUGUGCCGCUGGUUUUAAAUCACGUACUCUCGGAGAUUAUCAGAUUGUGUUUUCAAGGCCUGGUAAUGUUGCAACUUUCGAGGAUCCAUAUGAGGAAAUACCUUCAGCAUUCAACCAUUCAUUUGAAGGAACAUCUUCACUAUAUUGAAUUUCGUUUACCCUGACCUCGAGAUCAAAGUGUUUCACAUCUCUUCUAUAUUGCUAUUGGAAAUAUUUUGGUUGCAUAGUAAUAUCGACCCGAUUCCCUAGGACUCAAGCUAGGUCAAUACUAUAAGCAUGUAUGCAUGAAACUCAAAACUAUACCUUUUCAUAGUUUAAUAAAAAUCUAAUAAAUGAUGUAAA